UUUGAUUGGCUAAUUGUCGUGGCGGGGUUACGAAACUGUGUCGGGUCAACGAAAACCGAUUUACUGCAAUUCUAAAAUCGUUCCAUAAUGCAGAGACGUCCACUUACUCGCAUAGAACUUAGAUUACAAGACUUGAUGGAAUUUAAAAAUUUUAUUGAUGCUCAGUCUAAUGGAGACUCUGUAAAAGAUGGUAAAAGUACCAAAGAUUCUUUUGAAAAAGUACAACUUCGAGACGCAGAAAGACGUAAGAAAAAUGGGCGUCAUCGCAUUGGUCUGCCUCCAGAUUACUAACCAAUUUUAAAGUUGACUGUAAAGAUGAUUUUAUCAGAUAUUUUGAUCAAUAAAUGUUCAAUUUU